AUGGCAGGUCAUCCAGAGAAUGAGCCCAUACUCAGGCUACCACAUCCAUACCAGACACCCUACACUCUCGUAAAGUCGUCGCGAGCGUCCGAUUCUUCGUCAGCGUUCUUUCAGAUCAAGUCUCAGAGCGCCAGCAGCAAGACAAACCCUUCCCGAGAGCCUCUACACAACGAUACCCUCUUCUUCACUGAACCCGCCGACCUCAAGUCCAGCGAAAGGCCGCCCGAGUCCAACAACACGUCAUGGGGCCGAGCGCGCCGCUCGCCCUGCUCAACCGUAGUCUGGGACAGUGAGAGCCCGCCAACCCUCGGCCAGGCCUGGCUCCUCAUCUACGUGCUCUUCACCAUCCGGCCCGCCACGGAGGGCUUCCGACUCAGCCUUACGGGCACGGGCAAGGAAAUGCUCUCGGCACAGCUCAAGGCAGUGCUGCUCGCCAUUGACUACCCGAUCGCCAGCGGGCUCACCGACGAGCUGCUCGUCCUCCGCAGCACCUUCUGGCAAGGCGCCGGCUCGCCCUUCGGACCGCGCUCAGCCUGGAUUCCGGACGACACAUCCUCAGUGACGGCCUCGCUGCCCAAGCCGCUAUCCGCAUACCCUCUCACGCCCCUCGAAAACACCAUAACCAACGAGCCAGGCAGCGCGCUGACAUGGCACCCGCGUCGGCCGGCCAAGCCGCGUCCGGGCUCCGUCAUCUACAGCCGCUGGAUCCCGCACCUAAAGGAGAACUUCAGCAUGGUGGCGCUGGAUUUCCAGGACCCGGAACACCUGGGCCUGUUCCACACGUGGCAGAAUGACCCGCGUGUCUCGCAGGGGUGGAACGAGACGGGCACGCUGGAGCAGCACCGCGAGUACCUGCGCAAGGCGCACGAGGACCCGCAUCAGAUUACCAUUCUGGCGCGGUUUGACGAUACGUAUUUUGCCUAUUUCGAGGUGUACUGGGGCAAGGAGGACCGACUCGGCGCCUACUACAGCGCGGGCGACUUCGACCGCGGCCGCCACUCGCUCGUGGGCGAUGUGCGCUUCCGCGGCCCGCACCGCGUGACGGCGUGGUGGUCGAGCCUGAUGCACUACCUGUUCCUCGACGACCCGCGCACCAUGCACCUGAUUGGCGAGCCCAAGUUCACCAACAGCUCCGUGCUGGCGUACGAUUUCAUUCAUGGCUUCGGGCUCGACAAGUUCGUCGACCUGCCGCACAAGCGGUCGGCCUUCAUGCGGUGCUCGCGCGAGCGCUUCUUCCAGCUGUGCCCGCUGCAUGAGAGUGGGAAGGCCGUGGGUGGGACUUUGGUUGGGUUGUUGCCGAAGCUGUGA